AUGGGUUUAUAUGUUAUGUUAAGUACGCUGACCGAUGAGGGGCGCAGAACGGUCAAGGAACGCCCGGCAAGGAUAAAAGAGGUAAAUCGGGAAGUAGAGUUGAUGGGCGUACAGGUGCUGGCCCAAUACGCGACCCUGGGGCCUUACGACUUCAUCAACAUUGUGGAAGCCCCGGACACCGCAACUAUAAUGAGAGUUUCGGUGGAGUUGGGGUCUCGUGGCACCAUGCAAGUGACUUCCUUGGCCGCCAUGAACUUGGAGGACUACAUUGCAAUGGUGGCGUCGCCGUCAUCCUUCCAGUAA